CCGCAGCCGGUGGCAGGCAGCCUCCGGAGCUCGCGCUGUUAUGAUGGUGUGCGAGCAGUGGAACGGGUGAGAGGCUCCUUCACGUGUGUCCUGGUGUUUUUAGACUAGCUUUAGUCUCUAGUUUGGGUGUUUUGACCUAGAGUAGGCCACAUUCCUUUUUUUUACCCUAAAAAAAAACAAAAAACAAAAACUCCCCGGUUAAGGACAAUGACUCUGGUAUGCUUUGAUUUUGUGCCGCAAUAGCGAGACAUGUGCGGCAGAGUGUGUGCGCCUCGUCCCUCCGCCGCUGUGUAGACGGGACGGUCCCAGUCCGGACCGGACUUUUUUUACAGAGACAGACGCCAGAAGAAGAAGGACGCGCAACAUGUUUGAAGGCUCGGGGAUCCCUCUCAUCCUGCUGGACAUUACCUGCCUCGUCCUCGUGGGACUUCCAUUUUUUAUCCUCACGCCUCAACACAACCCCUUCAAACGAGGUUUCUUCUGUAACGAUGAGUCCAUCAGAUACCCCCUCAAAGAGGACACCAUCUCCUACCAGCUGCUGGGUGGAGUCAUGAUCCCGUUCACUCUGAUUGUCAUUGUCUGUGGGGAGUGCCUUUCUGUUUACAUGUCCCGCGUCAAGAACCAGUCGUUGGGGAAAAAGUACGUUUCGUGCGUCUACAAAGCCAUAGGAAGCUACGUGUUCGGAGCCGCCGCCAGCCAGUCUCUCACUGACAUCGCCAAGUACUCCAUCGGCCGACUGCGACCGCACUUCCUGGCCGUGUGCAAGCCGGCGUGGGACCGCAUCAACUGCAAGGCUGGUGGAUACAUCGAGAACUUCACCUGCACCGGAGAUAAGUUCCUUGUGGACGAGGCCAGACUGUCAUUCUACUCUGGACAUUCAUCCUUCUCCAUGUACUGCAUGCUGUUCCUUGUUCUCUACAUUCAAGCCAGACUGCUGUCGAAGUGGGCGAGGCUCCUGCGACCCACCCUCCAGUUCUUCCUGAUCGCCACGGCGGUGUACGUGGGCCUGUCCCGGGUGUCGGACUACAAACACCACUGGAGUGACGUGCUGGCCGGCCUCCUGCAGGGCGGAGCAGUUGCUGUCCUCACAGUUUACUGCGUGUCGAACUUCUUCGAGCAGCCGGUGGAGCCGGUGGUGUCGCAGGAGGAGGAGGAGGAAGCCUCACAGACCAGUUUACAGGAUAACCCCUCCAACGGGAACCACUACGGCAGCACUGACUGAAUCCGAGAUCCGCUGCUGGUUCCCUGCCUGCAUGUCUCCAACCGGGCUUGCCCUCGUGAAUUCAUGGCUGCAGCCUGCGGGCUUUAGCUGCCGCCUUUGGAGUGUUUGAGAAAAAUAAAAACGAUUUAUGGGCUGUAAAGUGCACUACAGAAGACGGUGAUACACUGGGAUGUUAAGCAGCUGAAGAUCCUGACCGGUUCUGCUCGAAAGCCCAUGCAACACAUCUGAUUUUAGAGUGACCAAAAGAAAAAAGAAAAGAAGUGGCAGCAUGUUUCGUCGACCUUUAAUGAGCUAUUUUUACAGCGAGCGUGGUGGAAAUGUGGUUCUAUAUGUAUAUUGGUCUGAUGUUGAAGUUUUGAAUGAAUGAAAUUCAUUUUGCCCAGAAUA